UUCUCCAAAACAUAUUUUGUUUCUUUUCCUGGCAUCCAACAUGCAUGUGUCUUGCAUAUGGUUUGGUAAUGUAUGAAGCUAUCCUAAUACUGUCUCGACAACAAAUUUUGCACAUUAAGUGGUCCACAAAACUUACAACACACUGGAUACUGCAGGGUACGGUAGUUUUGUUAGCAACAGUGGGAUUUCUGGUGAUUUACCAGAGUAAAAUAUCCAAGGGAAAAAAUCACUUUGAAACACUGCAUGCUAAGUUAGGACUGGCGACACUUAUUGCCACAUUGGUUCAAGCUGUAGGAGGACUGUGUGCCAAGUACCCAAAGCUGAUGAAAAAACAACUUAGGCCAUUAACAGUCAAAACACUUCACAGAUUAGCAGCAUGCAUUACAUUUAACUUAGGAUGUAUUAGUUUAAUAACAGGUUUGUUUUCCAACUGGUUUCUGGAUCAAAUGGCAGAUUCAAACCCCUGGUGGAAAGGGCUGGCAGCACUACCACCUGUUAUGGGUGUAAUUAUUGUGUUGCAGGUUCUUAAGUCAUUUUUACCUUAUUUCAAGAAAAAGUAGGAUAUUACCCUAAAAACAAGGUUGGUGUACUUUAUUUUGAUAACAUAAGCAGUAAUUUAAAUGCCAAAUUGACUUGGUUAAAUUGUGGCUUCUGCAUAUGAAUGAGAAAGCUUUCUUUCGUGACAUAACAUAUGGAAAACAAGGAACCUUUUGGUCCUUUCAAGGCUGUCGUUGCACACCCACUUUUUCAGAAGAGCAAAAUUUUAAACCCACCAUUUAUUUUUCAGGAAAUCAAUGAUUCCUCUCUUGAAGUCUUGCGAAGUGCUGAUCUCCAUUAUUUUCAACAGCAACUCAUUUAAUAAGCCAAUUAGGCUGCAGGAAAAAUCAAAGUUUCUUAAUUGUCUUGUCUUUUUCAAUUUUUAAAUUUGUGUCCUCUUCUCCUAUUCAAUGUCUUCAUAAUGCAGUACAAAUAUAAAUCAGAGGCCUAUCAGUCCCCGGAUAAUCUUGACAAUAAUACUAUGUCUAUUUAUUUUUUUGUCUUAUUCAAUUUUAUUUUUAUUGAAGGAAAGCUUAAUCAAGAUUUUAAUGCAUCGUGAAUAUAAAGUCUCCAGAAUCAACAUAUUUUUGCAUAAAGAAUUUGGCAACAUCAAGAGUUUAUUGUGCAGUAAUGAUUUUCUUCUCUGUUUCUUAGAUAGAGUAAUUUGUGACUGUUGGUACAAGUGAAGUUUCUAGACCUUUAAUUUCUUUAACUUUAUCAUGUAUUGAUGAAAUGCUUUGUGUACUAAAAAGCAAACUGCAAAAAUCUCAUUAGAUUGGUCCUACAUGUACAGUUACGUUGUGUUUUUAAAGCAAGAUCUGAUUUGCAUUAUUGUUUUAAAUAUAAAAACAAAAUUUCUGCACUGACAACAUCUAAUGUGAUUUAGUGUUGUGAACAAAGUUAUAUCAGAAGAUGGCUGCAGACAUGUGUGCAAGAACUUCCAGCUUUAAGAACACCAAUUCAGAUUUUUUCAAGAUCUUAACCAUGCCAAUGACAAACUAGGUCAUUGUAGAAAACAGCUUAUUCGUAAGUAGAAUCUAUCACUAACUUAACCAAGUCGUUUUAAUAAAUAUAAUGUUGCUUAUGUUAUAAAAAUGAAGAAAAUAUAUUCAUGUAAUUAUGUUUCUACUUUUUAUUUUUUGUCAGUAAUUUCAUAGAUUCCCUAAAAGUAAGUACUUGUUAGUUGUGUCUACACAUAUAUUGCUGAAAUUUUUAGGGCAAUAUUCGAUGAAGAAGUACUUUUUGCAAAUUCAUAAAAUAAAUAUUAACACAUCAGCAUGUUAAUUCUUUAAUAAUUUGUGAAUUAUUAUGCUAAUGUGUUGUUGUGGUUUUUUUAUUUGGGACAGGCUGUGGAUUUUUGCUUACUGCAAUACUCAUUGUUAGCUUUUUUACUGAAAAGAAUAAAUUUGUGUGAUUAUGUUUUCACUUUACUCGUUUUAUUUUACUGAGGUGAUUAAUUAAUCUCAAUAUGUUCACAUAUACAUAGAGUUUUUUUCCCCAACAUUCUUAUUGAUCUUUGUGUCAGUUUAAGUGGCUUGAGUUAAUUGAUGGAGAAAUAUAAUACAUGUACUGUGUUGUGUGUUUAGAUAUCUUUUUUCACCGUAAUCAAUAUAUAUUUAUAUAUAGUUGAAGUUUAGGCUGCAUAGAAGCUACUAAUUUACCCUUCUGAAUUAUUCAGCAGACAAAUGGUUUAAAAUGUUAGAAUUAAAUAUGAAGUCCAGUUUAUCACUUGAUUUACUACUUAUCUAUUGUUAGUAACCCUGGACAAGAGCAAAUUGAACAAAUAACAGUAUAUCAAAUAGAAAUAACAGAAUCAGUGAUAAGAAUAAAACAAAUGUGAAAUGAAAAUAUAAUACUAUGCAUGUCAAGAAAACCAUUUGCAUAGAUUUUACAUGUGAAAGUAAAUAAACAAGAGAAUGACCAACCGUUAUACAUAAAAAAAA